UCUUUCGGUUCUUCUUUGUAACUACUAAGGUAUGUUUUUUAUUUCUUUUUGUUUUUGUUUAUUUAUUACAUGUAAUUUCCGUUCCCUACUAACUUUAUUUUUCUUUUAGUUUUAUGGGUUUUGUUUUUACUUGGUCCCCCUGUUUAUCUCAUUUUGUCCCUUCUCCAUUUUUUUGUUUUCUUUUUGUCUCUUCAUCUCUUUUGCUCUUUUUAUUCUUCCUUUCCUUCAUUUUUUCCAUUGUUUUUUAUUUCCUCUUCGUUCCUUCAUAUUUUUCAUUCCUUUACACUACCCUUCGUUCCUUUCAUUUUUAUUCCAUUCUCACUUCAUCUUUUUCGUUCCUUUACACUAUCCUUUGUCAUUUUCAUUUUUUUUCCAUUCCCACUUCUCUUUACACUACCCUUCGUUACUUUCAUUUUUUUAUUCCCUUUGCACCAUUUCGUCCCCCUCCAUUCUUUUCAUUUUUUUCAUUCCCACUUGAUCUUUUUCGUUCCUUUUGUUUCUUUCACUUCCCCUUUCCUCCAUUUCGUUUCUCCCUUACUCCCCUUCGUUUCUUUUAUUCCCUUUUACUCUCCUUAUUUUUUCAUUCACCCUCAUUUUUUUAUUAAUUAUAAACUUCAUAAUUAUUUCUUAUUUUAUAUUACGUCAAUCUUAAACUUAUAACCAACUUAAAAAAAUAUUUGAAUAAUUAAAUGUAUUUAUAGAAUCUAUUCAUUUCAUUUAUUAUUAUUCUUUUGGUACUUAAUUUAACUAAACCAGAAUUAAAAUCUUUAUUCAAAAAUCUGGUAGUUAUUUAAAAAAUUUCGGAUAUGGAUUUGGUUAUAAUAAUCUAAUAUUAAUCAACAAUUUCUUCAAAAAAAAAAAUUGA